AUGGAUAAUGACUUAAGUAUUAAUGAUGUGAGAACAAGCGUUCCAAUCGUUGCCGAAAUCAAUAUUUCUGAAAACUUAGUAGCAGAAGUUGUCAAUCCCAUUGACAUAGAAUUCAUACCAAAAUUGAACAUGCAGUUUCACACUGAGGAUGAAGCAUACGACUUUUAUAAUGCUUAUGGGGGUAAACUUGGAUUCAGUAUUCGUAAGGAUUAUGCAAAUAAAAGCCGUAAGAUAGGAAAUAUUACAACAAGCAAGUUUGUGUGUUCCAAACAAGGUUUUAGGGUGAAAGACAAGAGGGAUAUCCAUACAAGAAAGCCCAGGGCGGAAACUCGAACCGGUUGUGGUGCACUGAUGCAAAUUAGAUAUGACCGCAAGAAGGGAAAGUAUGUUGUAUAUAAUUUUGUCGAAUCUCACAAUCAUCCUAUGAUAAUUGAAGAAUGCACACAUAUGAUGCCAUCACAACGAAGAAUAAGUGUUGCCCAAGCAAUUGAUGUGGAAUUGGCCUGCCAAUCUGGAGUUCCACUCGGUAAUGCAUUUGAGUUAAUGAGCAGGCAAGCUGGUGGGAGGCAAUCAAUUGGCUACACCAAAGUUAAUCAACAAAAUUUUCUAAGGACAAGAAGACAGAGUGAGUUAGAAUACGGAGAGAAGACAUGGUUGAUGAAUUAUUUCAAAAUUCAAUCUUGUGAGAAUCCUUCAUUUUUUCACACCGUGCAGUUGGAUAGCGAUGAAAUGAUAACUAAUAUCUUCUGGGCAGAUUCGAGAAUGAUAAUUGACUAUGGGCAUUUUGGAGACGUCGUCACAUUCGACACGACAUACAAGCUCGUCCAAAGCAAUCGUCCUUUUGCGGCUUUUCUUAGUUUGAAUCAUCAUCGGGAGACUGCUGUCUUUGGACUAGCAUUGAUGUAUGACGAGACUGCCAAUUCCUUUGCGUGGCUGUUUGAUUCAUUCUUGAAUGCAAUGUCAGGUAAAGCACCACAAAUGAUUCUUACUGACCAAGAUGGUGCAAUGGCAAAGGCGUUGGCACAAGUUAUGCCGAGGACAAGACAUUUACUUUGCACGUGGCACAUCAUGGCAAAUGCACAGAAGCAUGUAGGCACCAUUUUUAGGAAUGAUGAAGGGAUUAAAAGUGUGCUGAGUCAAUUCAUGUACUGUUAUGAUGACAAGGAUGAUUUUUGUAUACAAUGGGAUGUAAUGUUAAGGGACUACAAUGUUGUUGGUAACACAUGGUUGAACAAUUUGUUUGGUUUAAGAGAAAAAUGGGGUUAUCUAUUUGUUAAACAUUGGUUUACCGCUGGAAUGCGGACAACGCAGCUGAGUGAAAGUUUAAAUAGCUGCUUGAAAGAGUACUUAACCAGGAAAAUGAGUAUUCCAGAUUUCUUCAUGCACCUUGACAGGCUAUUGUCAGACAAACGGUACAAGGAAUAUCAAGCUGAGUAUGGUUUACUCAGUAAACUACCUAGACUUAAACAAAAUUGUCCCAUUCUAAAACAAGUGGGCAAUAUGUACACAUUGAAGAUUUUUGAACUUUUCCAGGACCAAUUCAUAGAAGCUUGUGUGGUUGGUACCGUGGAAGGAACAAGUUUUGAUGAAAAUGGAUUACGUGUUUCUAGAGUAUCUGUUCAUGAUGGCAGUAUGGAUCGGACUGUGACAAGGUGGGAUGAUGGCUUUCUAACUUGUUCGUGCGGGAAAUAUGCAAUGGAAGGUAUUUUGUGCAGCCAUGUACUUAAAGUACUGAAAGACGACACUCAGUAUUUCAAAGAAUUACCUUCUAUGUAUAUACUAAAAAGGUGGACGAGAAAAGCUAGGGAUAACAGCGUACAAGACAUCCGUGGAUGUGAAGUUAUUGCUAAUCCUAAACUUGAAAAAUCAAAUGGCAACAACAGUGUUAGUGCAGGUGUAGGUGGCAGUAGUACCGUGCCACCUAUUACAUAUGUACGUCUGAAUGUUGAAACCAUUAAUUUCAAGGUGACAUGGUUCCGUGAAUGGCAUUUGGCUAUUUUCUCCAAUGAUGGCGAUACUUAA